GUUGAGCUGCUAUCGUUUUGCAUCACUUAUAUUUGUAUACGCGUAAAUUGUAGUGAUUUUUUUUAUUAAAUUAUGGCAAGUGUUUUGUUAAAGUGCUAAUUAGUCAUUAGACAUGUAAAUUUUGGCGUGUAACUUAUUAUUAACUAAAGUCAAUUUGCUCGCUGGAGAGAAUGUACUUUCCAUUGGGCUGGCCAAAGCGCGUCUGCCUGGCGCUCCCUGGCGAAACGACUCACAUAAAUCACAUUAGUUGUGAUGCUGUUAAAAUACUCGUCGCGGGCGUUGGCUCGGAUUUUUUGGGCAUUUGGUAUGCGAACCCUCUGUUGCCCAUUGCCUACUAUCGCCGCAACGUCGAAUCUCUGCAGGAGUUUGGCAAUAACCAACUGAUUAUAUGGAAGCCCGACUCCAGACAGUUGGCCGUGUUAACGGACGCCGGCGCUUUGUUGUUGUAUCAACUGGACUUCGAUGCCAAUGGCAGUGGAAUAUUGAUGCAGGUGGAUCCACCUGCAUUGAGUCUGAAAAGAGAUUCAGCCGAACUGUUCAUCAAGGAGAACAUUCCCCGCUUGAGUCUACGUGAAGUACGUUGCCUAAAAUUGGACGUUGUCAUCUCCACUGUCUGCUGCAUAAGCCUAAGUGAGCUGCUCCUGGCUACUGAAACAUGUGAGUUGCUGCGAAUGCAGUGGUCUCAGCUCGAAACUGUUUCCGAGGAUCUAAAGCCGUUAGCUGUGAUCAAGCUACGUGACAUUCCGUUCUAUGUGCAGCAACAGCAGCAGCAACCCGCUAAAUAUUUGCCCGCCAUGGGCAACUCAGCGUUUGUGGCCAGUCUGGAGUAUUCACCCUUCAUUGGCGGCUGUGCUGCUGUGUUCAGCGAUCAACGUGCGGCAUUCCUUAUAGCCGAUCAUCUGCGAUUCGAAACUGCGCAUAUGCACGGCUGUUGGGUACCAGAUGUCUUGGAUGCGAGCGUUUGCAGCGUCAAUCACAAGUUCCGAUUGCUCGCCUACGGCCAACAGAGUUCGGCGGUGGCUGUGUAUGCCAUAGACGAUGCCACAGCUGGCCUUGAGUAUUCGCACAGGCUCAUUUUGACGGAGAAUGUGCCUCCAGGCAGUUUGGGCGCUGUCAACGAGCUGAAAUGGAGUCCCGAUGGUUGUGUGCUCGCCGUGAGCUGGGUGAAUGGUGGGUUGUCGCUGUGGAGCACUUUUGGAGCACUGCUGAUGUCCACAUUAAGCUGGGAUUUUGGACUGCAUGUGGAUUUGGUUAAGCACAAUCCCUUGCAGCUGCGUCGUCUCGAAUGGUCCACCGAAGGCUAUCAGCUGUUUAUGACCACUCGUGAAGGCAAGAACAAUGUGCUGCAGCUGCAGUUUGUGAAGAGCGCUUUGAGCAUGAAUCCCUGUAUGACCGCACAUUCGCAUAUCCUGCUGCAAGGCGACGAUUGCUUGUACAUCAAUCAGGGCGAUAAUCUGGAGCAGACUUACGGCAAUGCCAAAUGCACAUUCCCCAGCAGUACCACAGCUGGACAAAACGAUGAUUGCGUGGAGCUGAAGCAAAGCCCCAACAUGGGCAGCAUUUUGACAGAAAGCAAAUACUGGACCCUGCUGCAGCUGCCGCUCAAUUACGCAGCCACUAAUUGGCCCAUACGAUAUGCAGCCAUCGACGCAGCCGGCUUACAUCUGGCCGUAGCAGGACGCACUGGUCUGGCACACUAUGCGAUGCUGAGCAAGAAGUGGAAGCUGUUUGGCAAUGAGUCACAGGAGAAGGAUUUCGUAGUCUCUGGUGGUUUGCUCUGGUGGCAAGGCUUCAUUGUCAUGGGCUGCUAUUCUCUGUUAGAUCGCACGGAUGAGUUGCGUUGCUAUCCAGCCGAAUGUAAGCUGGAUAAUCAAUUUGGGCAUAAGCUACAGGUGCGCGCCCCUGUUAUCAGUUUGAAUGUAUUCAGAGAUCAGUUGAUUGUCCUCACAGCUGAUGGCAUUGUCAGUCUGUUUCAUAUGCACAGGCAGUCGGCCUACAAUAUCAACAUCGAUUGCGCCUAUGAGCUGGAUGUGAAGAGCAUUUGCAUACAUCCCGCCUGCAUUGUGAGUCUCACAGUUACCAAUCUACGGAACGAGCUAAAGCCACAGCAGCAGCAGGCGGAGUCGGAGACUAUUGUGGUCAAUGUCUGUGGACGAGUGUUGAUGAUUCAGAGGGACGAAGCCACACAGCAGGUGCCCAAUACGUUGCUAGCCACCUGCUUGGCCAGCUGUGUGGAAUGCUUCUGGCUCUCCCACAAUUUGGAGCACUGCGCUAUGCGGGAUUGUCUUUGGCUCUAUUCCGGAGCCCAUGGCAUGCGUGUCUGGCUGCCCAUAUUACAGCAACGAUCGGAGCAGAACGGUGCACAGCGAUUGCAUAGCUUCAUGUCCAAGCGCAUUAUGCUCAGCUUUCCUCUGAAGCUCUAUCCGCUCGUCAUACUCUUCGACAAUGUCAUAGUGUUGGGCGUGGAGAAUGAGAGCACGUUGUACACGAAUGAGCCAAAUUCACACUUUGCUCUGCCUUUUUCUCUGAUGGAGCGCAAGUCGCAGGUGUAUCUGCAUAAGGUCCUCAGGCAGUUAAUCAAGCGCAACUUGGGCUACUCGGCCUGGGAGAUUGCGCAAUCCUGUCGUAGCCUGCCUUACUUCCCGCAUGCCUUGGAACUGCUGUUGCAUGAGGUGCUGGAGGAGGAGGCUAGCAGCAAGCAGCCCAUACCCGACGCCCAGUUGCCCAGCAUUUUAGACUUCAUACGUGAGUUUCCUGUGUAUCUGCAGACGAUUGUGCAGUGUGCGCGCAAGACUGAAAUUGCGCUUUGGCCCUAUUUGUUCAGCAUGGCGGGCAAGCCGAAGGAGCUGUUCCAUCUCUGCCUACAGGCGGAACAGCUGGAAACGGCGGCCAGCUACUUAAUCAUCAUACAGAAUCUGGAGCCCUCCUCUGUGAGCAAACAGCAUGCGAAUAUGUUGCUUGAUAUCGCCUUAAAUCAACGCAAAUGGGAGUUGGCCAAGGAUCUAAUACGCUUCCUCAAAGCCAUUGAUCCCAACGAGAUUGAUUCGCCGCGCUGCUCCAUGGUGUUGAAUGUGAAAAUUGCACCACCUCAGCCACAGACGCAAGCGCAGGUGAAUCCAAAUGCGGAUGCUUUCAACUUAGUGCUAGGGCCCAUAGCGACGAGGGAACGCAGCUACUCGACCACUGUCACCAGCAACCUGCCCAAGGACAACAAGCAGCAUAGCGUAGCAGCAUCUGUGGAACGCAGUGAGGCGCCCAGCGCUGGCAGCAAUGCUGGCGCAGCGACUGUCGUGCGUCGUCGAUCCACCAAGGAGCGGCAGCAACGUGAAAUCUUUUGCAUUGAUUUGAUACUGCAACGGCAUGCGCGACAGCUGUUGCAACAUCAUAAGCUGCUGGACCUGGGCUACAUGUGCGCCUAUCUGGACUUCCAUGUGGUCAGUUGGCUAUCGCAGGAGUCGGCUGGAGCGGCUCGGCUGGAUAAUAUUGCAGCAGCCUUGCAAGCUUUGCAUGCAGAGCUGCAGCUGCCCAGUCCGUUUCCAGCAGCCGCGCGCGAUGAUUUUGCUCAGUUACGUGGCACGUUGCGCCAGGUGGGAGCAGCAGGUGGAUCGUCAUCGCAAACGUCCGAGUCGGGUUACUUUAGUCUUGCUGCGCAGCUGGAAUCGCCGCAACUGCAGCCUUGCAUUAAGGAAGAGGAGGAACUGCAGCCCAGCUCGCUGCCAAUCAUAAAAAACCGGUCCAAUUCGCAGUUAUCCUUUGACAACUUUCGAUAUCGACGUCUCUACUCGUUGCCCACCUCGGAGGAUGAUAACAGCGAUAUUGUGUCCAGCUAUCUGAACGACAAGUUAGCGAUUAAGCUGCGCUACCUGCUGCAGCUCUUCAUCGAGGCCAAUUGCACGGACUAUGCCCUGAUGCUCUCCAUACUGCUGCAGGAUGCGGCCUCCAUUUCACGCAUUGUCAAUGUCGUCAUACGCAGCGAGUCGGUGGGCGCCUGCAGACGCAUUGAAGCGGCUCUCAAGCAGCUUAGCCAGUGCAUAUUCGACAAUGGAGGCUCGAUGUAUCGCGGCUUUGUAAUGACCCUGCAGCCACAUAUUUAUCUGCUGGAGCAGUACAUACAAUCGCUGGGCGAGGCGCCCACGAUGCACGAUGGAAUAGACGAUAACAACGAAUUGAGCGUCGAUGGAGCGUCCGGAUUAGAUAACGAUGCUUUGGAUGGAAGCAACAAUAAUUUUGUGCCAAAAUGUCAGCAAUUGCCAAAUGGCAUUCAGCGAUCGUCGGAGCAGCGUCUGACACGUCAUGCCAGUAUCGAAUCCAAAUCAAAAUCCAAUGGCAAUCAGACAAAUCCUUCCUCCACGCAAUCCACACCCACACAGCAGCUGCAGCGUCGUGGCAGUCGAGAAGCGCCGCGGGAUGGCUGUGGGAUCAUGUAAAGCUACGUACAUAACGAAAUUGGUUAUAGCAUACUCAGUGCAUGUACGUAAUAUACACGUUUAUUCAUUAUGUUUAUUUUUCGUUUGCUGUAUAUUGCAUAUAUAUGGUAAUUGUUGAAAGAUUUGUUAACUGUUAACCCAACUCAAUGGAACAUACAACGAAGCGAACAUCGUUGAAAGCAAAUUAAAACUUGUAUUAAGAGAUACGUAAAUGUAAUUAUUCAUAAAUUAUUAGAUGAAAUUUGCUGC